AUGGAUAGAAUGGUGCCUGUCCAAGGUACACGCAAGGUUCUCCUAAUUGAGAGUAUCGAUGUGUUCAUAGAGGAUGAGUACAGCAGGCACGUCUUGUUCCUCACCAACAUAGACCAGAAGUUUGGUUACUUUGUGAGAUCUCUCUUUUUCUUCACGCCGAAUCCUGGGCUUCAAGUUUUCAAAGAGAUCUUGAGGAAAGGAUUGAGCAAGGUGUUGGCUGCCUACCCUUGUUGUGCAGGGAGGUUAAGGAUCAAUUCAAGUGAUAAGCUUGAGAUCGAUUGCAACAACCAGGGUGCACGUUUGGGUGUGGGGAGCUGCAAGUUGUCCAUCUCUGAGGUGACUGCAGCAGAUUUUGAUGAGUUUUUUCUCGAGCCUUCCGACAAUAUGGAGUCGUUUGAGGACCUUCCUCUGCUGAACAUUCAGGUAAUGGGGGUGAACUCGUACUGUCUCAACGGGCACGAUGUUGACAGAGCUAAACUAUGA